UCGAAGCUUUUCAGUCACUUUUUUGUGGUGCCUGUGUAAUUUAUUGUGAGGUGUUUUGUUCUCGAAAAAAUGCAUUAAAAAAGAGAAUCUCAUGGUGCAAUUUGUGGAUAAAGUGUGUUGAGGUGUACAGGGGUAACUGGGGCAGAAGCUGUGCCCCAUGAUUUGGGUGUGAGUGCGCGUUUUGGGUGUGAAAAAUUGUGAUAAAUGGAAAAGUGCGACAAUGCGAAUGAUCCGGAGAAAGUGGCUGGGAAUGCGGAUGUGGAAGUGGCUGAACACCUCAGUCGCAUUGACAUUGAGGGGGCCACGAGCCUGUCUGGUCUCCGGGCCAUUGAUGACGAUGCCGCGGAUGAGGAGGAACUCCCGGAUUCAGCAAUUGAAGGUGCCGAAGCUACUGCGGAACCGCCUGAAGACAAUCCAGGCGCCGCUGAGGCCGCAACAGUUUCCGAGGCGGUAUUCCCAAGUCCCGCUGAGGUCCACUCACCCAGCGAGUCCACUUCCGUUCCGCUGACGAUGUCCGGCGUACGCCGGAAGUCACGUCCGAUGCCUAGUUACGAAAAUGACUCGGUGGUGGUGAAUGGGACAAAGCGGAAGGUGCGGAAUAGUGAUGCCAGGAUGCCAGGACCGACGGAUAGUGAAUACUUUCACAUUUGGCAUGCCAGUGAGGGAGGCGGAGAGGAUUUUGAGGCUCCGCCGUUGCCACCGAAGAAUAUUGGGGGAGGGAAUGGACUGCAUCGGCCACUAGAACGUUCCUGGCCACCCAGAAUCUCCAGGCUGACAAAGCCAAUGUGUGAAUUUAGCUUUGACAUUAUCGAUACGGAUGAGGCUCUGCUGAGUCUGCCGACAGAUGUCAGUUCGGCGGAUCAGGUGAAUUUUGUGCCCGGGGAAUUUUUCACGGAGCACCGUCAGACGGCCACACUGAAGCCGGGAAAGUCAAUUGACUGUGAUUUUGCGCCAUUGGCCACACCCGAAACGGAUGGAAGUCUGUCUGAUCGGAUGGCAGAGAAUAGUGGAGGGAGUGGUGGUCAUACGCCAAAGCUGAAGCCACUGAUGAAGAAGAAAAUCGGUCCGGACAAUUACAUCAGCACAAUCCUGGCCAAGAAGGUCGUGGAGCAAUGUGAGAAUGCGGAAGAGGGUGAUGAAGUGGCUGAGGCUAAUGGGCUGUCAGUGCCUGGAGAAUCCAGCACUGAGGACUUUGUCACAGUGAAACCGCACAAACCCCUGACCAGACAAUUGUCCAAUGGCAAAAGUAAAUUCCAUCCCAAUGGUUUCAUUUCGGCCACUGAGCAGGAAUUGGCUCUCGAGGAGGACAAUCAGCACUAUAUGCUGUGCAGAAAGCUAUCUCCACAUCGACCGAGGAGUCCUCCGUCGGGCUCUUCUACGCGAUCAGCUUCGCCGUUGGACAAUGUGAUGUCUUCUCCGGAAGGUGCUGCAUCUCCAAUUGUGCAUCAGAAACCCUUCCGGCCGCAGCCGAGGCUGUUGACACGUGUCGGAGGCUCCGGUGGAGGGAAUCUCAUUUGUCCUCCAACACCCACCCAUCAUGCCCGACGUCUCAGAUCUCUGGCGGACAAUUUGACUCCCCCUGAGCUGCAUUCUCGUGAUGUUUUCUCCCCGGAAAGUGUUCCCUCUCCCGAGAUCCGUCACGCUGAAGUGGUUCUGCUCAGUAAAAGGACGGAAUUUGGUCGAGUGCCUGAUGGUGGUGUUGGCAGUGACAAUGAAUUGCCAAUGCGCCAUCUGACUCCCACGAGGCUUCCUUCGAUUCCUGAGAGAGCCCGUGGAACUGUGGCAGAGUCCGAAGAGCCUCUUCCGCCAGCCUGGGAGGCUCGAAUGGACAGUCACGGUAGAAUCUUUUACAUUGAUCACACCACCCGGACAACAAGUUGGCAACGGCCAGGAGCCACUUACAAUGUGACUUCGAUGGGAGGAAGGGAGCAGCAUCGGCAGCAGUUGGACAGACGCUAUCAGUCCAUUAGACGCACAAUCACCAAUGAAGCUCGUCCGGUUAGCUCCAGUUCAACUCCAUCGGGACAUCGGGGCUCCAAUGCCAGCAGUUCCGAAGGAGACUCAACGGACGGAGCAGUUCAGUCAAUUCAGGCUCUUCAGGAAUCUCAUCCGGCGCUGCUAAUGCUCUCCCGGCCGGAUUUCUAUUCGAUGUUGCACACCAAUCUGGAAGCCCUGGCUGUUUACAAUCGCAAUGCUGCACUGAAGCACAUGGUCCUGAGGAUUCGGAGGGAUGCAAAUUGCUUCGCCAGGUAUCAGUAUAACAAGGAUCUAGUGGCACUUGUCAAUAGUUUUGCGGCCAGUGACAGGGAAUUGCCAUCCGGAUGGGAGACCAAACUCGAUUCGUCCGGAAAGCAAUUCUUUAUUGAUCACACAAAUCGCAAUACAUCCUUUAUGGAUCCUCGUGUGCCGACUGAACGUCCCCGUGUCAGGCAUCGUCCGCCGUCGGAGACGCUGAAUGACAUUGCUCCACUUCCCCCGCCACGACCACCGACCCUGCCACGUCCACCAAUUGGCUCUCCAGACAUUCCCGUGGCCUACAAUGACAAAGUGGUGGCCUUCCUCAGGCAGCCAAACAUCCUGGAGAUUCUGCGUGAGCGUCAGGGCUCCAGUGGCUGCUCGAGAUCACUCCGUGAGAAGAUAAAUGCUGUUCGGGUGGAAGGAACACCGGCUCUCGAGCGUUUUGGGCACGAUCUGCAACUGACCAUUCUGCUCAGCCUCUUCGAGAAUGAGAUAAUGUGCUAUGUUCCAGUGGAGGCCAGAAGUCCUCAGGGAUCACCAAAUAUGGGAAAUUCGAGAGCACCACAGAGAGGUCCUCCGCCCUUCCGGAGGGAUUUUGAGGCGAAACUUCGUGCCUUCUACAGGAAGCUCGAGUCCAAGGGUUAUGGACAAGGACCGCACAAAUUGAAGCUGCACAUUCGGAGGUCGAAUUUGCUGGAGGAUGCUUUCAGGCGAAUAAUGUCAGCUAAUAAAAAAGAUCUCCAGCGUGGCCGUUUGGCUGUGCUCUUUGACACUGAGGAGGGUCUCGAUUACGGUGGCCCCUCGCGGGAGUUCUUCUUCUUGCUGAGUCGGGAGCUCUUUAAUCCUUACUACGGCCUCUUUGAGUACUCUGCCAAUGACACUUACACCGUCCAAGUGUCUCCACUUUCGGCCUUUGUGGACAAUUCCCAUGAUUGGUUCCGGUUCAGUGGGAGAGUUUUGGGUCUGGCGUUGGUGCAUCAGUAUCUCCUGGAUGCCUUUUUCACGAGACCCUUCUACAAGGCCCUGCUGCGUCUUCCCGUGGCACUGAGUGACCUUGAGUCAUUGGACAGUGAAUUCCAUCAGUCACUUCAGUGGAUCCGGGACAAUGAUAUUGGUUCCGGAAGUAGCCUUGGGCUGACAUUUUGUGUCACAGAGGAGCUCCUGGGGAGGGUUGUGGAGCGAGAACUGAAACCUGGUGGGAAGAAUAUGGGUGUAAAUGAGAAGAAUAAGAAGGAAUAUCUGGAGAGAAUGGUGAAGUGGAGACUGGAAAGGGGUGUCCAGGAGCAGACUGAGUCCUUGGUUAAGGGUUUCUACGAGGUGGUUGAUCCAAGGCUGGUGUCAGUGUUUGAUGCCAGAGAACUGGAACUGGUGAUUGCUGGAACGGCAGAGAUUGACAUUGCUGAUUGGAGAGUUAACACUGAAUAUCGCAGUGGAUAUCACGACAAUCAUCAGGUCAUCAUUUGGUUCUGGCAGGUGAUUGAGAAGUUUACAAAUGAACAACGACUGAGACUGCUGCAAUUUGUCACGGGCACCUCUAGCAUUCCCUACGAUGGCUUUUCGGCGCUGAGGGGCUCAACGGGGCCUCGACGCUUCUGCGUGGAGAAGUGGGGAAAACCCAAUGCACUGCCCAGAGCGCACACUUGCUUCAAUCGACUCGACUUGCCGCCCUAUCCCACUCCUGAGAUCCUCCAUGAGAAGCUUCUGCUGGCCGUUGAGGAGACCAAUACCUUUGGCAUCGAGUGAAUGUGUUGCUGGAACUUUUUCCUGACUCCCCUCUCCUGUUGUAAUGCGAGCGGAUCGCAAAGUCGCUGUAGCUGUGUCGUAGUAAAUUUCACGCAAUUUCUCCCGGAAGUUCAGGGCUAAAAGAUAUUUGGGAUUAUUUUAUUUUUAUUUUUGGAAGAAAAAAAAUUCCUUUUUAUAAAUUAUUGGAUUUUGAGAUUGUCGGACAUUCCGUGGAAAUGUCCUGCGGAAGUCCGAGAUGUAUUUAAUUUAUUCUAGAGACAUUCCUAUAAUAGUAUUUUUUAUAUUAUAUUUCCUUUUUUUUAAUUAAUUAUUGAUAUUUCGGAAUUAGUUAGGGAAAUCCUCGAAAAUCUUAAAAUAAUUUAAAAAUACUUGCCCGAAAUUUUGAACAACCGGCGAGACGAAUAACAUUAAAACAAUUUUAACAUUGAAAAAGAGUCUAAGAAUCAAAAUCGAUUUCAAUUUCUACCGAUUGGCCUUAUGAUCUAAGAAAGAAAAAAAACCAUUUGAUUAAUUUUUCUUUGUGAAGAAUUAAAAAAUUUUUGUAAAAGUAAUAAAUAAUAAGAAUUUUACUCACUUUCUGGUCUCACGAAAAAGAAAAAAGAAAAAAAUUAAGAAAAAUCUCUCCACGAGACACAAUGUUACAAGUAUUCCACACCGUAAUUCUAGUCAAGUUUAAAUGAAAAUACUAAAGGAACUAUGAUGAUGUUAGCUAGAGUGUUUAUAAAAUAUUAGAAAUUAUACGAAAAUGAUUGAGGAAUUUUUAAAUGAGGCAAAAUCACAUUCCUUUCGCGAUUUUUGAUUCCUUCAAAUGCCAGUAAAUUCUUUGACAAAUGAAUCGCAUAAAAAAAUUACAUGAAUUUUUUAUUUUGUACAGUUUUGUUAAAUGGAUUAUUUUAAGUGUCUUAGAAUGACGAGGAAAUGACAAAUAAAUGCGAAAAAAUAUUGAAA